AUGUUCUCGAGAGCAUUGAAGGCACGAUCUGCCGCACCUCUGCGCAGAAAUGCCAUUUCCAGAGCUGCUCUCGUAAAGAGAACGGUCACCACAGACGCCGCCUCCGCGCACGCCGAUAAAGAUGCUGUCCCUCAGGAAGAUGAUAAACCAUUCACAUUACAAUUGUCGGACGAGUCUUUCGAGACCUACGAGCUCGAUCCUCCAUCCUACACCAUGGAGACCACCAAGAAAGAGUUGAAGCAGAUGUAUAUCGAUAUGGUUUCUAUGCGUCGUAUGGAAAUGGCAGCCGAUAGACUCUACAAGGAGAAGAAAAUUCGUGGUUUCUGCCAUUUGUCAACUGGUCAAGAAGCUGUCGCCGUCGGUAUCGAACACUCUCUUACUAAGGAAGACGACAUCAUUACUGCCUACAGAUGUCACGGUUUCGCUCUUAUGCGCGGUGCUUCUGUAAAAUCUAUCAUCGGUGAAUUGUUAGGUCGUCGUGAGGGUAUCGCCUACGGAAAGGGUGGUUCCAUGCACAUGUUCACCAAGGGCUUCUAUGGUGGAAAUGGUAUUGUCGGUGCUCAAGUUCCAGUUGGUGCCGGCUUGGCUUUUGCUCAUCAAUACAAUGGCAACAAGAAUGUAUCUGUUGCUUUGUACGGUGAUGGUGCCAGUAACCAAGGUCAAGUCUUCGAGGCUUUCAACAUGGCUAAAUUAUGGAAAUUGCCAGUUCUCUUCGGCUGUGAGAACAACAAGUAUGGUAUGGGUACCGCAGCCAACAGAUCCUCUGCUCUUACCGAUUACUACAAGCGUGGUCAAUACAUUCCUGGUCUUAAGGUCAACGGAAUGGAUGCUCUCGCUGUCAAGGCUGCUGUUAAGCACGCUAAGGAAUACGCCAACGCUGGCAACGGUCCAUUGGUCCUCGAAUAUGUCACAUACCGUUAUGGAGGACACUCCAUGUCCGAUCCAGGAACCACAUACCGUACUCGUGAGGAAAUUCAACGUAUGCGUAGCACCCAAGAUCCAAUCGCUGGUCUGAAACAAAAGUUGAUUGAAUGGAACGUUACAACCGAGGAUGAGUUGAAGACAAUCGACAAGGAGGCAAGAGCAAAGGUCGAUGCGGAGGUUAAGGAGGCCGAAGAGAUGCCUUUCCCAGACGCUACCCCACAAAUUUUGUACGAGGAUAUCUACGUAAGGGGAAGCGAGCCUCAAUACAUGAGAGGAAGGACGAACGAUGAGAACUACUAUUAUUAGGUUGUUGGUAUUGGAGUUGGUAGAUGGUAGAUGGUUGGAAGGAUUGGAAGAAUGAAAUGUAUAGUAUGAAUGGCUGACGGAACGAUCGAAUUGUUGGCAGAACGUGGUAUGAUUGAAUGAUAGAUGGGUGGUCAAUGCUUGCAAUUCUCUUCGUUCGCCGACUCACAUGUUACACCUACCUCCACUACCCUGUCUUGGUUUCGUUUCGUUUACUGUAGUUGAGACGAAUUGAGCGCAUACCCUAUUCUAAUACUGAUUGAUACAUCGUGUGGUCCUGAGGCACCUGGUGUUAUUAAAUCCAUUGUAAGGUUCCUUCACCUCCCCUCCCACU